GGGGCGUAGAAUAGAAGGUUGCUUAGUUGGCUGAGGCAGAGAGAGGCAAUGGCUGUGUCGUCCACCACCGCCACGGUGUCCAUCGCCGGCAACAUUGUUCACCCGACCCAGGCACCAAAGUUUGGAUUCUCAACUUUUGUCGGCUUCAGCGCCAAGCCCCGUAGACUUUGCAUCAGAUGCUCCACGGCUAAUGAUUCCUCCUCGACUGACACCACUGCCACACAAGCCGAUUCUGAGACCGCCAUUGAAGUUCCAGAAGAAUCUUCCUCUCUGAUUUCAGCCCUUAACGUCGAAAGGGCUCUCCGUGGCAUACCAAUUACAGAUGUUGACCAUUAUGGUAGACUCGGGAUUCCCAGAGGAAGUUCAUUCGAAAAGGUGGCAUUAGCAUACAACAAUAAGCUUGAAGAGUUGAAGAAGGAAGGUUUGGAGGAAGACGAGCUGAACAAGAAACUGGAACAUCUCAAAGAAUCAUAUUCGAUUUUAUCGUCUAAAGAAGAGAGAAGAAUUUAUGACUGGAGCUUGGCUAGGACAGAGAAUACAGAACAAUACGUUUGGCCCUUUGAGGUUGACAUAACACAAACUCCUCAAGGCACUCCUCCUCCACAGGAGCCAGAGGACGUUGGACCAACCAGAGUGGUCGGGUACUUCCUGCUGGGAUGGAUAUUAAUAUCAUUUCUGUUAUCAAUCGCACUAAGUUAAUGAACAGAAAGUAUGUGGUUUUAUGGUUCAAACACGUUCCCUCCAUCUGAGAGUACUUGUAUAAAAAAUACUCUGAUCUUGUACCAGUUUAAACCCGUGGGUUUAUUGUUCAUCAUUGCACAUGGUUCGUCAACAAGCAAUAGAAUACAACUCGUACUAGCAAACUUGGUACAGGAAUGUGAUCUU